AUGGCGCAUCUCAUUUCCGGUGCAUCACGUACCACGAGGCAGCCUUUACAAGAGGUAGAAACAAAUGGACUGGCGGUUCCAUCAGUUAAGGGAGAUGAUUCAGAAUCUGAUCGAUGGAUUUCUCUCACUUAUGAACCAGCUGGGAGUGAUGUUGCAAGCAGGUACUAUGCUGAGAUGAUGGCAAUCGAGGGCAGGCCCAUGGAUUUCACAAUGAGCACAAAAUAUUAUGCAAUGUCAUUGUGUCCUGGAGGGCCGACAGGCAGCAAGCAUAUUAACAGAUGCGAGGUGUUACGGGAGAUGCGUUCACUGCCACCGGAAGUGCGCUUCAAGAAAUGGUUUACUGAGGUGUCACAGGUGAAUCGGUUUGAUGCUCUGAUGCAUCUUGCUCCAGACUGUUCGGAGGAAGACCUUCUGAAAAUUCUUCCAGUGUACGCAGAUUUGGUGCGUGGUUUAUGGGUCUGCAAAAGCUCUUUGCUGUAUGAUGAUGGGCUUGCUUCCAAAAGGGAUAAAGUUCUGCUCGGAUUUACAAAAGGGGAGUCCAUAUCAGUGAAAUAUCUAGAGAGACUGAUUAGAGAUGAGCAAACGAGGAACAUGAUAUUGAACCCACGGGGUAAAAGAAGGGAGAAGCUUCAAGACUACAAGUUUAUUGUACCAGCAGAUUCAUCAUUCAUAAGACGUUAUUCCCAUAUAGUCAAGGAGCAGGAAAAUGCUUGGUCAGUCCGCCUAAGAGCCUGA